UGGUGCCUCCUACAACAAGAAGCAGCAGCCAGGCAAGAUGGCGGACCUGGGGAAGAAGUACUGCGUUAACUGCCUCGCAGAUGUUACCAACCUGCGGCUUCGCUGCACCGACUGCCCAGAUAUCGAGCUGUGCCCGGAGUGCUUCUCGGCGGGCGCCGAAAUCGGCAACCAUCGUAGAUGGCACGGCUACCAGCAGGUCGACGGCGGGCUGUUCUCACUGUGGGGUCCAGAGGCAGAGGGAGGAUGGACUAGCAGGGAAGAGCAGUCGCUGCUCGAUGCCAUCGAACAGUACGGCUUUGGAAACUGGGAGGACAUGGCCGCACACGUCGGACCUUCCCGAACGCCGCAGGAAGUCAUGGAGCAUUACGUCACCAUGUACAUUCACGGUAACCUUGGUAAAGCCUGCAUCCCCGACAGUAUUCCCAACAGAGUAACUGACCACACUUGCCCAAGUGGGGGGCCCCUAUCACCCAGCCUCACCACCCCGUUGCCCCCGUUGGACAUAAGCCUGGCUGAGCAGCAGCAGCUCGGCUACAUGCCUCUGCGUGACGACUAUGAAAUCGAGUACGACCAGGAUGCAGAGAAGCUCAUCAGCGGGCUGUCGGUUAACUAUGACGACGAGGAUGUGGAAAUCGAACUAAAACGUGCCCACGUAGACAUGUAUGUGCGCAAGCUGAGGGAGAGGCAGCGGCGCAAGAACAUUGCCCGUGACUACAACUUGGUGCCUGGGUUUCUUGGCAGAGACAAGAAAGACAAAGAGAAAGAGAAGCCUGGAGGAUUGCAGGUCAUAGGUGGUUCUGUCCCUACGGGUGUAUCGGGAGCAUGCAGCGCCACAGUCGGACCAGCCUCCACGAUGACGACGGUCUCCGUCCCCAUCCCGAGCACACCCAAAAGAAAGAUUACAAAGGAGGAGAAAGAGCAGCGAGUGAGGCUACGGGCGCUCUGCCAGUUUAUGGCCCAUCGGGAGUUUGAAGAGUUCUUCGAGAAUAUGCACAAGGAACGGGUGCUGAGGGCCAAGGUGCGCGAGUUGCAACGCUACCGCCGCAACGGCAUCACGCGCCUGGAGGAAUCCGCAGAGUACGAAGCCGCCCGUCACAAACGGGAGAAGCGCAAGGAGAACAAAAACGUGGUGGCCUCCAAACGCGGCGGGUCAGGAGGGGCCGGUCUCGGCUCUGGGUUGGGACUUGGCGGUGGCGGGGCAGGCGGAGGAGGCGGCGUCACGGUGGGGCUCGGGGUUGGAGGCGGGAUCAAGGAAGAGAGCAAAGAUGGUGAGUUUGCCGCCAUCGAGAACUUGACAGGGUUUGAGUUGCUGUCAGAUCGGGAGAAGGUGCUGUGCAACUCCCUCAACCUGAGCCCAACACGCUACCUGACUGUCAAAACCAUCAUCAUCAAAGACCACCUGCAGAAAAGGCAGGGUAUUCCGGCAAAAAGCAGACUGCCUGGUUACCUGGACAAGGUUCUCAAGAAACGCAUUCUCACCUUCCUCACAGAGAGCGGCUGGAUAUCCAGAGACGCCGCGUAGCGAUCCGUCUCCGGUCGGUAAUCACAAGCCGAUGAUCACCGGUAGCCGUCUAGCUUCACGCUCUGGAGGCUGAAUGGAACUACUGCCUCUCAACGACUACUUUUUCUAGUUCUUAUUUUUUUCACCUUGGGAAUAUGUACAAUUCAAAUAAAAAAAGAUGCCCCACUUAAAUAAUAACUAUAUUUUCAUACGAGUUCUAGGAACAAAAGCUUAAAAAAACAUACUGGGCUCAAGGAUGUCCAGCACCUUUUGAGUUUACUAUUGUGUGCUCCCCGCUACAAUUCUUGAUGAAUAAAUUAUGGUAUUUUGCAUUUUGGGAUUUAUUUAUCUCAAGUGUCACUCCUAAGCAUCAUUGUAAAAGGUGAAAGAACGAACGAGUGACACCUAUUUCAUACUGAAAAAUAAGAGUGUUCCACUCAAAUGAUGUUUGAAACCACAUGUUUGCUGAGGAUCCUUUGUGAUGACCUUUUUGUUUUCACACUAUAUUUGAACCAAUUCACAGAAUUCCAUUCAGUUUCAUGCACUGGUACCGUCACGUUGUUUUAUCAAUGCUACAUUAGCACCAAAGGGGUAAUGAAUGGUUAGUAGACUAAAGAAAAAUGUAUUGCAAUCAUCAAACGAGAAGCUUAAAGUUGAGUGUUGUCCAAUAGCGGACACCGCCAAUGUUCCUUGAAGUUCCAGCUGAAUUACUAACCGGCAGAUUGAAAGUAUUUUGAUAAGAAUAGUGUGUUAAAAAUGGGGGGGAAAGUAGGAUGCAGAGUUGUGUUUAAUUCAAACCCGCCGACGUCUGGUUAGUGAGUUUUAUUUGCCUUCGUCAAGAGUGGACACUGUUGUGAUUUAAGGUGUUGUAGAAACGCUAAAAGGUUCCCUAGAAAUUUCACCCUAACGCUACCAGUAGGGUUGUUAAAAUACAAAAGUGCCUAAACCUAGAUCAGAGAAGAGCAUUGCCUUGAUUCCAGUCAGCGGUUCGUUACACUAGUUUAUGAUUUAGCGUAUUCCGGAAACUUUUCCACCGCCAAUUGGACUCUAACUUGGAGACACCUUGCAUUGUGACAUACUAAUGUGACGACAAACUUGACAGAUUGGUACGCAUCGUCCUUGACGCAAGCGAUAAUGUCCUAUUUCCCCCAAUGAGUAGAGAGUGACAGUAAUAGCUCCACCCUAACCAUACCGUAUAGUUCUCCUGUUGACCCGGAGAAUGGACCUGGGGCCCAGGAAUGAUGUGGUUCUGGUCGGUUGUAGGAGUCUUUUUUACUAUGGAAACAAAAUAGUGAACCGACCCAUGCCAUACCGCUUAAUAAAAGUGAGGCAUGAGUGUAAACACAUUUUAUAACCUGCUACAUUUUCUUUCGCAGGUGGUUUUAGAAGACAGAAACUAAAAGACUUGUAAAAGUCCUGUAUUGUCACAGAGCCAAACCUACUGGUAUCCCUGCUAUCAAUACUUCAUACAGACUCCCUGUUCCCAGCAGGACAGGGCUUUAUUUCCUAAGACAACAAGAAUAGAGAAGAGACACAGGGAUUUUGACUAGAUCAGCUGUUUCCUAGCUCUUCUACAAAUUUAGGGUCUAGAAACUUAAACGGCCAAAAAAGAACAUUGACUUUGGGUGUCAAUGUCUAAUUAAACAUCACACCUUCCCAUUUUACUGGCCUCAUUUUAUCUAAAGUUGCCUGGUAUUACAUGAGGCAACCCUUUUCUGACAAGGUUCCUUGGAUCUUUAGAAAGCCCACAGAACCGCAACCGCAUUCUUAACGUUGUCGUCCCUCGUUUCCUGCCAAAGUUUCUAAUAUGUCAAAAAAGCUCAGAGUCUCGUCUGACCAAAGUACACAAUUUUAACAAACUCCCCAAUUUUCCUUUUUUAGUAAUACGGUAGAAAUGUGUUUUUUUUUUUUUUUCUGGUGGCAACUGGUUGCCACUGAAAAAAUCAUUUUAAGUUUUUUUUUUUUUUGUGCUUAUAUUUGCUGUGAGGGGUAUUUAUCUGUACAAGGAGAAAUUGGUUAAUUUAGCUCGAAAACCUUUCUUGAAAGGCUUUGCGUCUUGGAUAUCCUUUCUACUACAGCCUGUUAUAAGGUUAUAAAAAAAAAAAUAAUGUACUUGUUCUCUAAACCCAGAGAAAGAUCCUCUGCUUCUCAGCUUGUGCAUUAAAACCAUGUGUUCCCUUCUCCCAAAGUCUCUCAUUCUGAGGCCAGAACCUGAACAGCAUUACCAGAUACUUUCUUUCCACAUCACUGCUCUUAUGUUGGGUUUCCUCGUUUGUUUAAUUCUACUUUAAAGCUAAACUGACUCCAUCUUUCUUGGACAUGUUUCUCGGAUCAUCCAGCAGUUGUUAGAAAGAAAAGGAGAAAAUGUGAGUUGAUCGUGGAACAUCUGUUUGCAUUUGUUGUUAAUGUUUGCCGUGGCAAAGGAGGGUUGGGGAUCAUUUGUCCUUGUCAUUUUUGAGCAUAUCCCCUGGCUGUAAUGAGGCUGUAGAAGUUCUUGUGAUACAACAAUCAAUGUAUCCAAGUAGUGAAUGUAUUUCUGUCGAAGGGAACAUGAAGUGUUCAAAAUAAGAUCCUAACCAAUGUUUUUAUCGUCUCAUAUGGGCAAAUUUGACAAUGGAAGUCUUCAUAUGUGCUGAGGCGUGUCUUUCACGCAGGCUACUGGGUGUGGAACUUUAUCUUUUCCAGACAUACCCUGAGACCAGUGAGACUUUCUGUCCUCAUUUAUAUUUGUCCUGAAACGGUGUUGGACUUAAAGGAAACACUGGUUAGAGGUAGAAAAAUCUAAAUAUAGCAUAAAUGUUUUAUGUUUUGAACACUUUGUGGAGGCGUUCGUUUCCAGUUGGUGACUGAAAGCUUGAAAUUGAAGCUGUGUGAUUUCAUUUUUAUCUUUUUUUUUUUCAGCAUUCAGUCAGGAUUUUUUAGAAAAAGUCCUAAAAAGGGUGUCUAUGCGUACUUAUUUGAACCAAAUGUAAAUAAUUUGUAAGAUAAGAAAUGUGUAAUGUACAGUAUUUUGUGUUGUGCAAAUUUUUAUAGGUUUUGUAUUAAAAACAGAGU